AAGAAGUGUCUGCGAGGAUAGUACAAGUAGUAACAGCUGAAGCUGUAGCAGUCCUGAAAGGCGAACAGGAAAAAGAAGCCCAGCACAAAGAUCAGCCUGGACCACUACCUUUAGCAGUCGAAGAGUCAGCCAACCUGCCUCCUUCCCCGCCUCCGUCGCCAGCUUCUGAGCAGACUGGAGCUCUGGAGGAAGAUUUACUUGCAGCCACGAAGAUGGAAUUCCGUGUCCAGGAGGGCACACGCCCUUUCACAGCAGAACCAUUAGACACAAAGCAACAUGAAUCUGGGAAAGACAGUAAGACUGGUGAGCAACCUAAACAUGAUGCCUUAGUUCCACAGCCAGCAAGAACAGAGGCUAUAGAUAAAAAGGAUUCACAGAGCAAAGACAAAGAAAAAAUGCCUUCACCUCUAUCAGAACAGAUCUUGAAAACUGAUUCACAAAAGAAAGGGGAAGCCGGUUUUGCAGAGCCUGCUGCCAAGCCUCCUGCUUCUCAAGAACAAAAGGACUUGUCCUCUGAACUGCCUAAAGGGAGCAAAACAGAAGAAAGGACUGCAGAUGUGCCCUCAUCAUCCAACCAAGUUAUGUCUAUGAAAUUUAAAGACGACCUUAAAGAUGUCCAAGAUCUUGCCAUCAGCCAUGGUGAAAGUUCUCUGUUGCUAUCAGAACCCAAGGCAGAAGCAGCCAAAAGUGGACUUCCUUCAGGCCCAUCUCCCACUGUCCCCCACGAGCUUCCACUCAAAGACAGUUCCAAAACAAAACAGGAACCCACUGACCAACUGUUUGCCAAAGAUCUCACUAAAGAUGAACAGUUCCACAGAGACAGGACACUAGCUCUGCAAGAAGUCUCAGCAGUAACUGUAGAUGGCCUGAAAACGCCAAGCACCCAGAAAAUCCCUGCAUGGGGGGAGGAAAAGGACAUGACCAAGGAUGAGAGUGAUGAGGAAGAAAGGUAUGACUUCUAUGAUAAAGGGGAGGCUCGAAUAUUAGAUGAUGGCAAAUUUACCACAAAACCUGAAGUUAAGACACUUUCCCUAGACAAAGCAGACUUUCAAAAGGAUGAUGAAGCUAAAAAGUCACCUGAUAUUCUCAAAGCAGAAAAAGAAAUGGACCAAAGUGGGCUCCCAGCAACAGUAGACAUGAAAAAGGAGGUCCAGCCAAGCACACAGGUAGCCCCAGCCAAGUUAAGCCAUGAACUGACCCUUGAGAAAACAGUAGAGCACCCUGAUACCACUCAAUUAUCCAGAAAAACAGAGAAAGCCCCUGAGGCACCAAGUUUAACCGCUGACCAGACUGCUACCCUAGAGCCUUCUCAAGAGAAAGAUGUUAAAAAAGAUACCAAGGAGGAUAAGACAAGUGUUUCCGCUCCUCAUCAAAUGAAAGAAGAGGAGGAUCGAUCGGGAAUGUCGAAGUAUUUUGAAACCUCUGCUCUGAAAGAGGAAGCCUUCAAAGCAGACGCUUUGAAACAACGCAGUGAUUACUAUGAGCUAAGUGACACUAAAGAGAGUGUGUAUGAGCCUUAUCAGACAGAUCGUCUAAUACCUGAAGACAAAGAGGAAGAGGAGGAAGAAUUACAGACAGAAUUGGAUCAGCAGCAGAGUGGGCCUGCUCAUGAAAUAGGGUACAGUACCCUGGCUCAGAGCUUUACACCAGUCAAAUCUGAAGAACCGAGUUCCCCGACAGAAAGAAUGUUCACUAUUGACCCCAACGUCUAUGGGGAUAAGAGAGAACUCCACAGUAAAAAUAAAGAUGACCUAACUCUGAGCAGGAGCUUGGGACUUGGGGGGAGAUCUGCAAUUGAACAGCGAAGUAUGUCUAUUAACUUGCCCAUGUCCUGCCUGGAUUCAAUAGCUCUAGGAUUUAGCUUUGGUCGUGCCCAUGAUCUUUCUCCCCUCGCUUCGGAUAUUCUAACUAACACUAGUGGAAGUAUGGAUGAAGGUGACGACUACUUGCCAGCAACCACACCAGCAUUGGAGAAGGCCCCCUGCUUCCCCAUUGAUAGUAGAGAGGAAGAUGAGCACAUAGAAGAAGAAAAAGCAAUAGCAGAAGAAAAAGUCCAGCCUGAGACUUUGGUCGAAUCACCUUUCCUGGCCAAAGAAUAUUACAAAAAUGGGGCUGUCCUGGCUCCUGACCUGCCUGAAAUGUUAGACUUAGCAGGGACAAGAUCUAGAUUAGCCUCUGUGAGUGCAGAUGCUGAGAUGGCACAAAAGAAGUCAGUUCCUUCUGACACUGUUGUGGAAGACAGCAGCAUAACCCUGCCACCUGUGACAGAUGAAAACCACGUAACUCUAAAAGCUGAAAGUCAGCUAGAAGACUUGGGCUACUGUGUUUUCAAUAAGUACACAGUCCCACUCCCUUCUCCAGUUCAGGACAGUGAGAAUUUAACAAGUGAAACCUGUCCCUUUUACGAAGGCACAGAUGAAAAACUGAGACGUGGCGUGGCUCCCGACCUGUCUUUAAUAGAAGUGAAGCUGGCAGCAGCUGAAAAAUCGAAAGAAGAAUUCCUCAGUGAAAAAGACUUAGGUCAGCAUGCCACUAGUGAGUCUGUUCUGGUAAGGGACUUUGAGCAGGAGAAAAAGGAGAAGCUGGAUACUGUGCUAGAAAAAAGUGAAGAUCAAGUUGAUUCUAAAGAGGUCUAUCCCAUUAAAGGUGCAGAGCCAGAGAAGACAAGACCUGAGGCAAUCUUAGAAAUGAAAGAAGAAAGUGUGGCUGACAAAGUUCGUGUAACUGAUGACACCAUGUACGACAGAAUAUCAGCUUCAGAGAUAGCAAUAGAGAAGGAUGCUGUUUCUUUGUUGAUGGAGAAGGAGGAGAAGACUCUUAGCGUUGUUCCUGAAAUAGCUGAGAUAGAAGCACCAAUAAAACCAGAUUACAAUGCUAUAAAGCACGAUUUGGAAGUGGCUGCAAGGAGAGCUGACCAAGAAUAUCAGAGUCAGUUAGAUACCAAGAUCAGUGACGUUGUUUUUCUCCCUUCAGGGAAGGACAAAGUCUCUGUUAAAAGAGCAGAGCCUGAACUCAAGGACACUCAACAGAAAGAUCAGACCAUCUUGUCCAGAGAAGCAAAGGAUGCAGAUGUACUUUCCAAGACUGAGCCUAGUUAUGUGAAGGACAGCACCAAACUGUCUGAAACAGAAAUUAAGGAAAAAGUAACUAAGCCUGAUCUGGUACAUCAAGAGGCAGUUGAUAAAGAGGAAUCUUAUGAAUCUAGUGGAGAGCAUGAUCAAGCCCAAGAAGGUUUGAAUGGAGAAUCCUUGAAACCAGAGGAUAUCAAAGCAGAACCUCCAAAACCUCCCGUGUGUGGGGAAGAGGCGCCUGCACAGUUACCAGCAAAGGAGCCUUCUGUGGAGCUCCUCCUUCCAAAAGCUGAGCCUCUCCAGGAAGAGCCCGCUGAGAUUCAGAUGGAGAGCAUACCACAGCCUGCAGAAGAAACUGAAAAGAUUCCUGAUACAGCUGUGAAAUGUGUGGAAAUCCAAAAGCUGCUGCCGUGUGAAGUGACAGCUGGGGCUACAAAAGCGGAAGAACAUGAGGAAGAAGAGGCAGAAGUAGGGCAAGAAGAAAAAGAAGAGGAUAAACAGCAUCUUAUAUCAGAAAUGCCCCCAGAAAUAGACUUUGGGAAACCUGCUGCUGAAGAAAUGCUAGCCGAGGGUGGCCCAGAAGCACUGCCUGAACUGAAAGGCAUUAUUGAAUCAGUGGUGACAGUAGAGGAUGACUUUAUCACAGUGGUGCAGACAACAGUUGAUGAGGGUGAAUCCGCUUCUCACAGCGUGAAAAAAAUCGAAACAGGGGACUCCCAGGCUGAAGAGGAGCUGGAGGUUGAGGAAGUGGCUGACAUGCAAGUUGAGCCCAAGGAGGGCUCCCCAGAAGCUCCUGCUUCACCCCAGAGAGAAGAAAUCCUGCUCACCGACUACAAGACGGAGACGUGUGAUGAUUACAAAGAUGAAACAACAAUCGAUGACUCCAUCAUGGACACAGACAGUCUCUGGGCAGAUACUCAAGAUGAUGAUAGGAGCAUCAUGACUGAACAGUUAGAGACUGUUCCUAAAGAGGAGAAGGCAGAGAGAGAAUUGCGAAGAUCAUCUCUCGAUAAGCAUAAAAAAGAGAAACCUUUUAAAACUGGGAGAGGCAGGAUUUCUACUCCCGAAAGGAAAAUAGCUAAAAAGGAACCUAGCACACUCUCCAGAGAUGAAGUGAGAAGGAAAAAAGCAGUGUAUAAGAAAGCUGAACUUGCUAAAAAAACUGAAGUUCAGGCCCACUCUCCCUCCAGGAAAAUCAUUUUAAAACCUGCUAUCAAAUAUACUAGACCAACUCAUCUCUCCUGUGUUAAACGGAAGCAGACAGCAGCAGGUGGUGAAACAAACCAGGCUCCUGGUGUAUUUAAACAAGCAAAGGAAAAACUCUCAGAUGGAGUAAGCAAGAGUCCCGAAAAGCGUUCCUCUCUACCAAGACCUUCCUCUAUCCUUCCUCCUCGAAGAGGUGUAUCAGGAGACCGAGACAGAGAGGAGAACUCUCUCUCCCUCACAGCUUCCCUUUCCUCUUCAGUACGACGGACCACCCGAUCAGAGCCAAUUCGUAGCAGAACAGGAAAAAGUGGAACUUCUACCCCCACUACUCCUGGUUCCACUGCCAUCACUCCAGGGACACCACCAAGCUACGCCUCCCGUACCCCAGGCACUCCAGGGACGCCCAGCUACUCCAGAACCCCACACACUCCUGGGACCCCCAAAUCUGCCAUAUUGGUACCUACUGAGAAAAAAGUUGCCAUAAUUCGUACUCCUCCUAAAUCUCCAGCCACUCCAAAGCAGCUAAGAGUUAUUAAUCAGCCUCUACCUGACCUCAAGAAUGUCAGGUCCAAGAUUGGAUCAACAGAUAACAUCAAAUACCAGCCCAAAGGCGGGCAGGUACAAAUCGUAACCAAGAAGAUUGACUUGAGUCAUGUGACUUCCAAGUGUGGCUCGCUCAAGAAUAUCCACCACAAGCCAGGAGGUGGGCGUGUGAAAAUUGAGAGCGUGAAACUGGAUUUCAAAGAAAAAGCUCAGGCUAAAGUUGGUUCACUGGAAAAUGCCCACCACGUACCUGGCGGUGGUAAUGUCAAGAUUGACAGCCAGAAGCUAAACUUCAGAGAGCACGCUAAAGCCCGUGUCGAUCACGGGGCUGAGAUCAUCACGCAGUCACCAGGCAGGUCCAGCGUGGCUUCGCCACGCAGACUCAGCAACGUCUCAUCCUCUGGAAGCAUCAACCUGCUUGAAUCGCCCCAGCUUGCUACCCUCGCUGAAGAUGUCACAGCAGCCCUUGCUAAGCAGGGCUUAUGAAUUUGCUCAUUUCGCGUUGUAUGAAGUAAUAAUAUUUAGGCAUGAGCUCUUGGCAGGAAUGGGCUCAGAGCAGGUGUUACAUUCAUUCUUUACCAUGUCUAAAACUAAGUCACGUCCCAAGACUUGUAGUUACCAUACAGUUAAAAAAGCAGAAAAAAAAAAAUAAAUAGAUGCAGAAAUUGGCCUGAUUUCCAUUUACAACAGGAAGACACUGGCUUUAUAUGGGUAUACAACUGCAGUAUGUUACAUUGGACAAUUAUUGUUGCUCUUGCUCUGUCUUGCAUGGAGUACUGUACUAUGAUAAAAUGCAUUUUUACCUUUCAUGUGCCUGAAGGCCAGCCACCUCUUUCUGAAGAGCCUUGUUAAUACCCCAAGUUGCUCAUUUCACUGUUCUGUUGAUAGAUGGGGAAAUAAAAAAAGAAAAGUUGCCCAUUGUAAGUUAUUACAGGUUAAAUUAAAAGUCUGCUUACCAGGAGAAAGGGCGUAUACAGAAAUUCAAGUUUAAUUAAAAAAAAAAGUGUUAUUUUGUAUAAAUGAGUAGAACAAAAGUUGCAUUAAGUUAUUAACAUUUUUUUGAACCUGGUUAAUUAUGUCAGUGUAUAGCUGAAAAGCCAAUAAAUUAUUUAACUAAUAACUAAAAAUAGUAGUUGAAAACAUUGGAACCAUGCUUGGGGAAGUGACGUAAAAAAGCUGUUGAAAGCAAGCACUUCCACCCCAAUGGACUUGUCUGAUUAGAAAGUUGGUUAAGCGGCUAGAUUUGUGUACGCACCACCGGUUUCACAUCCUUUCCAUCUGUUUGAUACAGUAUUAUAGAUAUAUAUAUUUCUCUGUGGCCAUUUGUGAUACGCCCUCCUCAUAUACUUGAAUAUUCUACUUCUUUAUUCACAGUAUCUGUGUCUCUUGCACCCUUUGGUGUUGCAAUUUUAGGUAUGUAAAAGUAGAUGUUAGCAGGGUUUUUUUUCCCUAUUCAUAACAAUACAUUUAAAAACGAUGAAAAUUUUAGCAUGAAGUUGCUUUCUGUAACAACUAAAAGCCGUGACCCUGUUUUAGUGCCAGAUGCAAGUCUCUUCUGUGAUGCUAGAAAAAGGAUUCCUUCCCUCUUCCCUUCCCUCUCUUUCUUCACAAAGGUAUGAUUUUUGUGGGGUCCAGAUGUUUGUAAAAGGGUCUCCAAAGAUGGCUGAGUUUGGAUUCUGGAUUUUUUAAAAAUCCGCAAUAGUUCGGUUCUGGCUUUUUUUCUUUUCUUUUUUUUUUUUUUUUAAACUCCUGUAGUAACAGUGAACGUUAGAUUUAUUUAUUUUUUUCUUUUGCUAAAGUUGAAACACAGAAAAAAGUAUUAAGAUGUUGUUUCCACUCCUUCAGUGAUGUCUUGCAUAUACACUCAGGCACUUAGAUAACAGUGCUAAAUGUAACAGAGAUGCCUGUAAGUUAUAGUACGUGAAUAAAUAAAAUGAGCUCCCUAGACUGGGUUGCUAUAGCAAUUCAUCAAUAAAUAGGGCAUCUUAAAAUCUGAGCAAAGCGGGAUUAUAUUGACUAUAAAAAGUAUAAGAAAAAGUGUGCAUAAAAGAUAAAGGGCAGAGAUACAUAAACAACCAAUCUUAACGGAGUUACCUGUGAGAACUCCGGCACUAUCUUAUGGACACUAAGAGAACACUGAAGGUAAUAUGGUAGUAUUACUCAUCAGCGGAUAAUAAUCUGCUAAUACUAUAUGUACAGUAGACAUUAUGAAAUGACCAGUUUACAUUCUUGCAGAUUCUUUGAUCUUUUCCUUUUGAAGUCUCUUAACUAAACUUUGCACUGUCAGUUGAGCUAUACUUGAUACAUGUAUUAGGUUAACAUUGUGUGUUGGAAGCUUUUGAUCUGUUCUUUUUCCUUCUUAAUUUGUAUGUGUGCGUGCGUGUGUUGGGGUUUGAUCUGAAAAGACUCAUAGAGAAGAUUUUUAUGUCUGUGGAGAAGGAUUCUAGUAAGAGCACAGGAUUCCCCAUCAUUAAAUUCAGGUAGUAAAUGCACAGUUACUAGACAGUAAAUAUUCAGUGGACCAAAGGGGGAUUUUGGCGAAGCUGUCACAGCAGUACAAACACAAAAGAAAAUGGUUACAUCUCUAAAAAUUUUACUGAAGAUGAACUCCUAACAGCCCCACACAUGACACUUCAGCCCUGCAAAAAGCUUUUUCACACUAUAAAGUACCUAAUACUGUUUGUAAGUCGGUUGUUUUAUACAUAGGACAGUGAGUUUAGAACCAAGCUAAGUGUAUCUGGAGGAUUCUGAUUUCUGCCUUGUAUUUGUUGUACUUUUGCUUAGAGUAAUCCUAAGAAUUCACACGGAAACAGUGUCAAGGGAGGUGCAUUAAAAGCCUCUUCCCGUUUUUCCAGAAAAACGACAGACGGAAAGAAAAACCAACAAAACGGUGUUUAUAUCAAGUUGCUCUGAUCAUACCGUCAAUUAGUAUAAAUUAGCCUUGCAGUGUUGGUUUUUUUUUUUAUGCCUUUUGCCAAUGUGGGAGAGAGUCUAUGGUACUACUGAACCUCAGCUUCUCUGUAGCUGAACACCAGCUAGGGAGAACAGACUUAGCCUGAGACUCAAGUUUUUUUAUUCUGCUUUUAAAAUUGACAUACUCUAGAAAAUGAAGCUUAGUUAAUCCACCUAUGAGUCCAAAGUUAGAGUGGUGUAACACACCGAGUCAUUUAUUUCAUGCAUUAAAAUGAGCUUUCUUGUCUUGAUUCAAGCAAAGACCUUUGUAAUCGUAAUCAUCCUUCCAUAGAAAGAAUCCUAGAACGCUGUGGAGUUAGAUGAAAAGAAAUCAAGAGUUUUGUGCUGUUAAAUAAAAAAAAGAAAAAAAAAAAGUUAUGUUACAUGACUCUAGAUGUUCACUGAAAAAGCUCAUACUAAUCUUAACUUCUCAAGAAGAGUGUUGGUUUCAAAAACAACGGUUUUGUAAAUAUGUAAUGCCCACUAAAGAAGAUAGAGCCAGUUUCCUGGAAACUGCAUCCGUUCUGUUUCUUUUCCACAGGCAUGUUGAGCCAGCAGGUACGUUGGGUGCCUGAGACCCAACUCUGUAACAAAGCAGAGAUAAUCCAGACAAAAGGAAUGGUGAAACCUUGUUUGGAUAGCUAGGGGAGAGCCCCAAAUUAAUAAUCCAUCAGGUUGUAGAGACAAAAGAAAAAGUGCUUCUGCCCCAUCUGCAGAGUUCUGUUUCUAUGUAACCACAAGCAGAAAGAAAUCAAAGUUGAGCAAACAUCUGUCCAGCAACAGUAAAGGAGAAACUAAUACCGAUGAGGGAAAUUGUGUGGCCACAAGGGCUAUGUAUAUUUUCACUGUACAGCAGUAAAUGGUAUUAUCCAUUCAGUGCUCUGCUAAGGUACAGUAGUAACCUCAUCGUGACUGCUUACAAAUCUAAGUUUGCCUAUAUACACGACCCAAAGGGAGUCGAAAGGCAGCCUGUGUGGACUACCACAUGUGAGCAGAAGUCUUUUCCAUGCUGGACCAAAUACUGUUUAAAACCCAAGUACAAAUGUCCCUUCGAAGGCAAACGCCUUGAAGAGUAGAUCACAUCUGCUGUGAAAAUCGAUGCAGGUAGAUUUCUAGCCCAGGUGCAUGCUGAGCUCACUCACUAGUCAGAUUGCUAAAGCAACUCCCUCUGCAACUCCAGCAAUUCCCGCUGCAGGAAGGUAAAUUAGUUUCACACUUGGAAAAGUCAGGCAUAUAAAAGCCACUUCAACUUUAGCAAAGAGAAAAAGCCAAUAAAUAAACAUGCUGUAUGCUGGGAUGUCAAGGAAUACAAUCUGCUGUUACAAACCUGUGUUUUUUCUGAUAAUUCUAGAGCCUGUUACCAUAAAAGAGGCAUUUCUUGAAUGGCUGGUGGUAGGUAGUUCAUGUUUUUCAAUCCGAUUUGCAAUUGUAUUUGUUGCUGUAUAGUGAUUGUUUUGCAAAAUAAAAUCGCUUGUCAUCUAA